UAGAUCAAAUCAAAUCAUAUUCAUCAACAUCUAAAUUCUUCUUUCAUUGUAUCCGACAAAGGAAAGAUAUGUCGGGUUGUGGAUGCUUGUAUUGGAACAGAGUCUCCACAAACGACGUCGUUCCAGAUAUCCAUUCUUUUUCCCUUCCUUCUCCAAUUCCCCAAUGGCCUCCUGGUCAUGGAUUCGCUACAGGAACAAUCAAUCUGGGUGAAUUAGAAGUUUGUGAAGUCACAAAAUUUGAGUUCAUUUGGGGAAGCGAUAUGAAGAACAAAAGAAAAAGUGUCAACUUCUUCAAACCAGUGGACAUACCAGAUAGAUAUUUCUGCCUUGGUUACUAUUGUCAAUCUGACAAUUCUCCAUUGCGAGGAUCUGUACUUGUGGCAAGGGAAGUUGCCCAUACCAAAUCACCUGCGCUUCUCAAGCCUAUAGAUUAUUCAUUGGUUUGGUGCCCAGAUAACUGGACCGAGGAAACUGUUCAUGGGCAUGGUUACUUCUGGUUGCCUAUUGCUCCCGAGGGUUAUAAAGCUUUGGGCUUCAUUGUCACAAAUAAGCCUGCAAAGCCUGGUUUAGAAGAAAUUAGAUGUGUUCGUUAUGAUCUUACAGAUUCAACAGAACCACACUAUGUUCUACUCAACACUAUUUCUAAAGUAGCAGAAUCAAUGUUUAGAGUAUGGAAAAUAAGACCUUGUCGUCGAGGAAUGCAUGAAAAAAGUGUCUCUGUGGGUACUUUUUUCUGCAGUUGCCUUUGGAGUCCUGGAGAAGACUUGAACGUUUCAUGCUUGAAGAAUCUAAAUCCUAGCUUGCAAUGGAUGCCGAAUCUUGAUCAAAUUCAUGCGCUUAUUAAACACUAUGGGCCAACAAUUUAUUUUCAUCCUGAUGAGAUAUAUUUACCAUCUUCUGUAUCUUGGUUCUUCGAAAAUGGAGCGUUGUUGUAUAAGAAAGGUGAGUCAAAAGGUGAACGGAUUGAUCCUUCAGGUUCAAAUUUGCCUAAAGAUGAGAGAAACGACGGUGAAUAUUGGAUAGAUUUGCCUAAAGAUUCUACGAGGAAGAAAAUCAAAAAAGGAAAUUUGGAAAGUGCUAAAGUUUACGUUCAUGUAAAGCCAGCUUUAGGUGGGACCUUCACCGAUAUUGUGAUGUGGAUCUUCUGCCCUUUUAAUGGACCGGGCUGUUUGAAGAUCGGCCUCUUGAAUUUCCCACUUAGCAGAGUUGGGCAGCAUGUGGGCGACUGGGAACAUGUUGUUCUUCGGAUAAGCAACUUCACGGGAGAACUGUGGAGUGUAUAUUUCUCACAGCAUAGUGGUGGCUUGUGGGUGGACCUCACCCAUUUGGAGUUCAUAGAAGGUAAUAAAACAGUCGUGUAUGCAUCAAGAAAUGGCCACGCGAACUACCCUCAUCCCGGUGAGUUCCUUCAAGGGUCGGUAAAUCUUAGGAUUGGAGUUAGUAAUGUUGCUGCUCCUAGUAAAUACGUGUUAGAUGCAAGUAAAGCAUAUGAAAUUAUAGCAGCAGAGUAUCUUGGAGAAGGAGUUGUAAAUGAACCCUGUUGGUUACAGUACAAGAGAAAAUGGGGUCCAACAACUGUACAUGACUCACGGGCUGAAAUUACUAGAAUCUUGAACCGUUUGCCUGCAACUCUUCGAUAUACAGCAGAACACAUAUUCAGUAAACUACCCAAUGAACUAUAUGGUGAAGACGGGCCUACUGGACCCAAGGAGAAAUGCAGUUGGUAUGGUGACGAGAAAUGCUAGGUUUGUUUUCCUUAAAUUUGUUACAAAUAUUUGAAUUCACCAAAAUAUCUUCAAAUGUCAUUACACGAAAUUAAUACUCAAUGUGCGCAUGAGUAGUGUACAGAAAUGAUUUUAUGUUAGUAAAUAUCCGAUAGGGUUGUGCAUAAAAUAUUUGAUGUUCGGUAUUGAUGAUUGAUGUGUGCA